AUGAAUUCUUCAACAAUUACCUUAGCAAGUCAACUUAGUUUAGCACAAACAUAUAUUACUCGUUAUUUCAUGAUACCUGUUUAUAUAUUUGGAAAUAUCGGAAAUCUAAUGAAUAUUCUUCUAUUUUUUCAGCCGGGUCUUCAUUUAAACAAUACUUGUUCUUGGUAUUUCAUUAGUUUUUCCAUUGCUAAUUUAUUAUUAAUUGAUAUUAGUGGAACAACACGAACUUUACCAUUUGUCACUACAUUCACAUUGGAAUCGUCAUCGCUCGCAUUUUGUAAAAUUCGUUACUAUUUCGCGCACUUUACUUUACUUCUUGGACGUUAUUUCAUCUGUUUAAUUGCUAUUGAUCGAUGGAUGGUUACAUCAUCCAACGAAUCCAUUCGACGAUUAAGCUCGAUAAAGACUGCUCGUUAUUUAAUUAUUGGUGGUACGGCUGCCUGUGCAAUUUUCAGCGUUCAUGCAGCGAUCGGGUACGAAAUCAAAUCGAAUCGAUGUUAUGUAUUUUUCGGUACAGCUUACAACAUCUUUUUUAACGUUUACAAUAUUCUGAGUAUUGUCAUUCCUAUUGUACUUAUGAUAUUAUUUAGUAUUCUUAUUAUAAUGAACAUUCGUCAUAGUCGUCAUCGUAUUAAUGUAGUGUCAGAUAGUGUAAACAGUGCUUAUCAAUUAGCGAGAAAAUCAAAUCCAUCAAUUCAAAUGAAAUUUAUUCGAUUGGCAUUAAUACAAAGUUUGACAUUUACGCUGUUUAACACAAGUUAUGCAGCAUAUGUCACUUAUGAUUUUGCAACGAGUUCACAAGGAAAAAGUGUGGAUCGACAAGCGAUUGAAGGAUUUAUUUAUGCGUUUAGUAUCCAUCUUUGCUAUAUAUUUGCCUCGUUUACAUUUCUAACAUACACAUUGGCAUCGUCAAUAUUUCGGAAAGAAUGUAUGUCGAUGAUUCGUCGUCUGUGUACCAAAAUAUUACAAUGGUGUGGAUAG